CUCCCACUACCACCCAGCCAGAGCACUUCACCUCCCAGUACGCUCGGAAACCUUCGAUGCCUUCUUUGCACAAAAUCUAAAAAAGAAGGCAAAAAGUCCAAAUCUGGAAACACAGGAGCAGAGAAAACCCCCCCUUAUGAUCCGAACAUCCCGGAGCCUAAAUGCAGAGUGGACCUUGUCAAAUACUGGCAUAACCUUUCCCUCGAUGACAAGACGGCAAAUAAGACUCUGUGGAUAACAGAAGGAGGUGCAAAAGUGGCUCGUAAAACAGAUGAUGUCACUUGUCCUGUCCUAGAUCGCCCAGAGAGAUAUGAAUAUGCUCCACAGGUUCUGUGCAAGGAGGGAAUCCUGGGCUUUCGAGGGUACUGGGAGGUGGAGUUUUCUGGAUGGGUUGUGGUUGGAGUGGCCUAUGAGCGGGCUGGACGGAGGAACACAGAUGGUCCGUGUGGAUUUGGAGAGAAUGAGGAAUCCUGGGGCCUGGGUUGGAGUGGCUCCAGUUAUCAUUCUUGGCACAACGGCCAGAGCAAAGAAAUCGUGGAUAUCCCAAAGUCCUCUACAAUCGGGGUCUACCUUGACCAGCCUGCCGGAAUCCUCAACUUUUACUCUGUGCAAGAAGUGACAGAGGGAGACGAGAGCACAGGAGCGAAGGAGGUGAACCUUCUGCAGCAGAUCAAUGGCACCUUCACUGAGAAAAUGCUGCCAGGCUUCUGGGUGGGGACACAGUCUCACCUUCUAAUUCUGAAGAAUGAGGAAUAAUGGACUCAGUGUUCAACACAAAACUCAAUUUUAUCGGUUACAAUGUAAACACGAAUGUAAACUCAAAACACAUUUGUGCAAAUAUGCUAAUAUUCCAUUUCAAUUAAGAUUUUCUAUGUCGUUGCACACUAUUCCUUACAUACAUACAUACAGUAGAUAUACCACAUAUAGAUAAGGGAGCAGUGCAAGAAGGAAUUCAAAUGGAUUCCUGUUGCAGUUUUAUGGGUUUUUCUGAAAACCUCCGGACCAUUCUAUACCGAUUGUUAGUUUUUGUUACUGAAUGUAUAUUCCUCUUUUUGUUUGAUAACAUUUAUAAAUAUAUUAGUUUGUUGUUUAAUGUA